CUUCUUCGCCGCCGCCGGAGGACACCCACAAUCAUCUUAAAAAGAAACAUAUGAGUUUUCUUUUGCAAGGAUGAUUUGAUUUUUUUGACUUUUUUUUGUUGUGGGUUGUGAAUUUUGAUGGAAUUUUGAUUUGUUAAUAGUGGUAAUGAUAAAUGAUGGUAAUUAGAAUUGUGAAAUAUUAGAGGCAUUUUGGUUGUUUUUGGAUGAAUUUGAGUUGUUGGGUUUCUAGGAUUUUUCCUUUCUCUCAAAGAGAUAAAAGAAAAAUCAUCAACAUUGUGAACAACAACAACAAUAACAAUAACAAUAACAAAAACGGGGAUCAGGGCUUUGAGUUUUCGACAUGAAUUGCCUACCGUGCUUCAACAAAGACGACGACGAAGACGCUGAUCCUCAACCACCACCCUCAAAGAAUUCAGCCGCAAUCGACGCCGCCAAAGAAGCGGCUGCUUCUUCCUCUAAAGCACAAACUUUCAACUUUCGGGAGCUGGCCAUGGCAACGAAGAAUUUCCGGCAGGAAUGCCUAUUAGGUGAAGGUGGAUUCGGAAGAGUAUUUAGAGGGAAACUUCAGUCUAGUGGCCAGGUUGUGGCUGUAAAGCAACUAGAUAGGAAUGGAAUGCAAGGAAAUAAGGAGUUUCUUGUUGAGGUCUUGAUGCUCAGUCUUAUUCAACACACGAAUUUGGUCAGUCUCAUUGGCUACUGUGCUGAUGGAGAUCAGAGGCUUUUGGUAUAUGAAUAUUUGCAGAUGGGAUCUCUAGAGAAUCAUUUGUUUGGUGAUGAUCCUGACAAGAAGCCAAUGGAUUGGUUCACGAGAAUGAAAAUAGCUUCUGGUGCAGCCAAUGGACUCGAAUAUUUACAUGACAAAGCCAAUCCCCCUAUAAUAUAUCGUGAUCUAAAACCCUCGAAUAUUCUACUAGACGAAAACUAUGAACCAAAACUCUCUGAUUUUGGUCUUGCCAAGCUUGGAGCAGGUGGAGGUAAGAUAAAUCCAACAUCAAGGGUUAUGGGAACUUAUGGUUACUCCGCGCCAGAAUACUCAAGUGGUGGUGAGCUUACACUAAAAUCUGACAUUUAUAGCUUUGGAGUGGUAUUGUUAGAGCUUCUUACGGGACGAAAAGCCAUUGACACAACUCGACCGAAUGAUGAGCAAAAUCUAGUUACAUGGGCACAACCGAUAUUUAGGGAGCCUAAAAGAUUUCCAGAUUUAGCAGAUCCUCGUCUAAAUAGAGAAUUUCCCGUGACAAGUCUAAACCAAGCUGUUGGAAUUUGUGCAAUGUGCCUUCAAGAAGAACCAUCUGUCCGCCCCUUAAUUGGUGAUGUUGUUGCGGCUCUUAGUUUCCUCGCAAUACCUCAACCAAUUACUACCCCUUCUCCGGCCCCAACAGAAAAUGCUUACGCUCCACCAUCAGAGCAGAAGAUGCACUAUGAACCUGAGACUAAUCAGAAUAAACCAACCCAAUCAGUUCAAGAUGAAAGUAGAAGCAGUGAAGAUAGUGAGAGUUCAGAGAGUGAAGAUGAAAGUAUUUCUGAUCGACGUAUUGAAGGAAGUUCUGAGAAUUCAAUGGAAGAGAAAGUUGGUAGUAGUCGAUAUUCAGGAAGAGAAAGUGAACACCAAGAUUCAGAUGGAAGACACAGCUCUGAUAAUUCAGAGGAACAAAGCAGUUACUCAUCAGACUCAGAUAGUGGAGGUGAGAAUACCAAUUAUGAUGAUGCUGAAACUACAGAGCUUGAAGAUCUAGAAAUUUCAGUAGAUUCCAGUGCUAAUUACAGUUUAUAUUCAGCUCAAAGUAAUGACAGCAGCAUGAAAUCUGAUGCUGGAAAUAAAUCAUCAAAACAUGGAAGUAGCAGGAGAUCUUCGCCCAAAAAAAAUACGGGUUCUCGGAGAAGAAAGCCGGUUGUAACAUUUAAGGAACCGAGCUUAAGCACAAAGAAAAAUGGAACUAGAAAACCCGAGGGAGAAAAUAGUGGUUCAGACAAUAAUAAUCAGACACUUCCUGCUGCUACAGAUGGUAGACAAAAGCAACAAGAACAACAACAGCAACAAGAAGAACAACAGCAGAGUUCAAGUUCUUCGAGUUCCGAAAGCAGCAGUGAGUCUGAAGAUGAAAAGAAGUCUCCAAGACAUGGAAAAGAAAGUAGUGACGCUGAUCGAUAUGAUAAUAAUCAUAGAGUUUUUGAUCAAUCUGAGAAAGACGUUCCCAAGUUACGGCAUCUCAAAACCAGGUGAUAUUCAAGAGGAAAGUGUUAUAGAAUUGUGCAUCUUCUUGUUUCAAAACCAAUUGUUGAGCAUAGACAAAAACAAAACAUUUUUUGGUUAGUAUACAUUUAGCGCUUGUCACCCUCUUGUCUCCCAAUUCUUAUGUUAUAUCCUAAGCACCAGGCAUGAGGAGAAUGGCAUCAUGCUAUCUUGAUUGAGGGGAAAAUGAAAGAUCCUAGUUGCUUAGAAUUCUUUCCAAGUUUCCUUACAAUUUGUGUUUGUUUGAUUCAUUAAUGAUACCUUUUCUCUGUUCUUGCUUUUCUUUUUGGCUCCUUUGGAAAUUCUUAGUAUUUUGUAAUCGUUUGUAUUUGGAAUUGGCCUAUCUUUUUAAUAUUGAAGUUGUUAGAUGUGCAAGACUUGGUAGGCAGAAGACGAACACGAUUAAAUUGUGUUUACAUUAAUUUUCAUCAACCAAAUUGUAGUGCUGUGCAAAUCAGUUGUAAUGUUCUACAUUCUGAAACUGUAAUUUUCUUAGUAAGAUUCAGUUGUUGAACUAAUCAUCUUGUAUAGGCUUGUCUUAUUCAUAGUGAGUAAAGAUUUUUCAUGUCUGGCUGCUAAUAAAAUACGUGUAUCAAAAAGUUGGGAUUGUGUGUAUCAAUUCUAGUCUGUGUUCUACAAAGACCCUGUAAAAUAUUUGUAUUGA